CUGAGGCUCCUUUUGCACCGCCCACUCCAUUUCCCCACAGUCAACAGGAAGACUGGAGGCCAAAGAGAGCAGACACACUCUGCAGGAGAGGAAGGACGUAGAAAGGUCCAGCUGUACAUUCAGAACAAAGGAAAACAACCAAGGCAAAGGAAUGAGCAAGAAUCAGAAAGAAGUGAAGAAAAUCCAGACGGUCUAUCUGCAGAACUUGGAAAAACUGAACCAGGGGAUAAAGCCAGAGAAGAAAAGUUGGAAGCCAAAGGAAGGAGACUUUGCUGUGCAAACAGCGAUGGAAAAGCUGCGACAGCCUCCAGCAGCUGGACAAGUAAACAAAAGCUCAGCUCACAGAAUCAGCAGAGACCUGACCUGCUCCAUCUGCCUGGAUCUUUUCAAGCAGCCGGUGUCCUUGCCCUGCGAUCACACCUUUUGCCUGGGGUGCAUUGAGGGCUACUGGUCAGGUCCCCGGGGCGCCGGGCAGGGGGGCACAGGCUCCUGCCCCCAGUGCAGGAAGGUGUACCCCGGACAGAGCUACAGGCCCAAUCGCAUUGUCGCCAACAUAGUGGAGAGCUACUGUCACGGUCUGGAGGAGAGUGGGCCCGGGGCGCGCCUGCCGGAUGUUGGGGUGGCAGAGAGGGCCCCUGCGCCGGUCCCCCGCUGCAGCAGACACAGAGAGGAGCUGAAGCUGUACUGUGAGGAGGACCAGGAGCUGGUGUGUCUGGUGUGCGGCGUCUCCCAGGAGCACAGGAGUCACACCAUGAUGUGUGUGCAGGAGGCUGAGCAGAAGUACAGGGCGUCCCUGAACAGCUCCAUGGAUUCCCUCAAAGUUGAGCUCAACAUGGCGCUGCAGUGUGACAGAGAAGCUGAGGACGAGGUUAAAAAGCUCAAGGACCACACCGCCGACCUCAAGCAGCGCAUCGAGGCCCAGUUCAGUGACCUGCACCAGUUUCUGUACCAGGAGGAGAAGCUGCUGCAGGUGAAGCUGAAGACGGAGGAGCGGCGGGAGCUGAUCCGCCUGGACGAGCACAAGGCCCUGCUGUGCGUGGAGAUCUCCCGUCUGCAGGGAGCCGUCCACGAGAUCGAGGACAAGCUGAAGGAGCAGGACCCGUUCACUCUGCUGCGGAGCAUCAAACUGCUGCUCCAGAGGCCAUCGCUGAAAUUUGAGAAACCAGCGUUUACUCCGCCCAGUCUGUGCGAGGGUCGGUUUGCAGGACCACUGCAGUACAGAGUGUGGAAAUCCAUGAAGGGAAGCAUCUACCCAGUUCCAGCAGCCAUCACUUUUAACUCCAGCACAGCCAACCCUUGGCUCAGCCUGACCUCCUCCCUCACCUGCGUCCGCUACCAGACCUUCAACCACACCGUGCAGGACAACCCCCACAGGUUCAACGCUGCCCUGUCGCUGCUCGGAAGCCAGGGCUUCACCCACGGACGCCACUACUGGGAGAUCGAAGUCUACAGCAGCACAGUCUGGACCGUGGGGGUGGCUCGAGAGUCGGUGCCCAGAAAGGGGGUCAUCAAAGCCCUCCCCGCCAAUGGCUUCUGGACUCUCUCCCUCUCUUACGGGAUACAGUACAUGGCAGGCACCUCCCCUCCGACUGUCCUGUCCCUGGAGGAGCCGCUGGCCAGGAUCGGAGUGUACCUGGACUACAAGAGGGGCCUGGUGUCCUUUUACAACGCAGAGAGCAUGACACAUCUCUACACCUUCAGGGAGAACUUCACUGAGACGCUGUACCCUUACUUCAAUCUGGGCUUCCUGGAUAAGGUGCAUGAAAAUGAGCCUCUCAAAGUUUUCUUACCAAAGAUUUAACAAACUGGGGAAAAAGUGGUGACUAAAGGGUAAAAGAAAGAGUCAAACAACAAUACCAAAAAAAGAGAAAACAUACUUUAUAGUGUACAGAAUUAGAUACAUACAUAUUUGUAUUUGUACAACAGUUGAUAUUAGACCCGUGUCCAACAGAAACACGUUGUUCAGUAUGUAGACUGGAUCUACUGCCGCACAUUUCAUUUCAGAGAAGCUGUGCUUUGGUGAAGAAUGUGAAACUGUCUGGUUACCUGACUGUUUGAGGUUAAAUGUAUGUGCUAUUGUGGUUAUCUUGUUAUUAAUGCAUGAUACAUUAAUACAUUCAAGUAAACGCCUUAAUCAUAUGGUUAUUUUUGACAUUUUUUGAAAAUGUACAGUGUCAGUGUGUCAUGUUUUUGUUGGUCAUAUAGUGUCAUUAUACCAUUCUAACAAUGUAUAUGAUGCAUUCAAAAGCUUUGGAAAACAGAGUUUAUAAUAUUUCUUUUGAUGUGGACAAUGGUUAUAAUUUGUGAAAUUUACUUUGUAUUUGCUGUACAAGUAGAGGAAUCUAUUGUACCAGCUGCCCACCCUUGACAAUCCAAAGCCUGAUGCAUGUUAUGCGGCACCCAAUAUCACUAUUUUAAUAAAAGUAUUUCUUGAAAAUUA